AUGAAAUUUACAGGAUCUCCAAUCAAAUUAAAGGUGUCCCAGGGUCAACCCGUCAAACUAAAUUGCAGCCUCGAGGGAAUGGAAGAUCCCGAGAUGUUGUGGAUCAAGGACGGAGCAGUGGUGCAAAGCGUAGACCAGGUGUACAUUCCAGUAGAUGAAGAACACUGGAUCGGCUUCCUCAGCUUGAAAUCCGUCGAGCGGACAGAUUCUGGGAAGUACUGGUGCCAGGUUGAGAACGGGGGGAAGAAGGAAGAAUCACAGCAAGUGUGGCUCAUAGUGGAAGGUGUGCCGUACUUUACUGUGGAACCUGAGGAUGUGUCCGUGUCCCCUAAUGCCCCAUUUCAUAUGGCCUGUGCUGCUGUUGGUCCCCCUGAACCAGUGACAAUUGUCUGGUGGAUGGGAGACUCUAGAGUGGGGCUUCCAGACAUCUCCCCCUCCAUCUUAAAUGUGUCAGGUAUUAAUCAAAGCACAGUUUUCUCCUGUGAAGCUCACAACGUAAAGGGAUUGUCUUCAUCUCGGACAGCCACUGUUCAAAUUAAAGCCAUGCCUCUCCCGCCUCUCAAUGUAACUGUAAGCCAAGUCACCAGCAGCAAUGCCAGCGUGGUCUGGGUGCCAGGAUUCGAUGGCCGUGCACCCCUGCAUUCUUGCACUCUUCAGGUAGCUGAGUCACCAGAUGGCCAGGAGGUCUCCACUGAAGUCACCCCAGUGCCACCCUUUGCCUACGGCGUGCAAGGCCUGAAGCAUUCCACCAACUACAGUGUUCGUGUGCAGUGCAGCAAUGAGAUGGGCAGCUCCCCUUUCACCGACCGGGUUUAUUUCCAGACCCUGGAGCUUGCUCCAAGCAGUACCCCACAAAAUAUCCAUGUUAUCCAAAGAGAUCCUGGUCUGAUUUUGGAGUGGGAAGGUGUGGCUCCAGAUGUGCUGAAAGAGAAUGUCCUGGGAUACAGGCUGGAGUGGAUUCAGGAUAAUGUAACUCAGGGGGAGAUGAUCGUACAGGAUACAAAAGCUAAUCUCACAACGUGGAAUCCUCUCAAAGACCUGAUCAUCAGGGUGUGUGUGCUGAACUCUGCAGGAUGUGGGCCGUGGAGUGACCUCUUCCUGCUUGAAGCUCAAGAGGUCAUGGGUGGCCAGAGACAACCUCCUUAUGGGACGUCCUGGGUUCCUGUGGCAUUGGGCAUUCUCACAGCUCUGGUCACAGCUGUUGCCCUGGCUCUUAUUCUCCUUCGAAAAAGAAGAAAGGAAACUCGGUUUGGCCAUGCCUUUGGCAGUGUGGUUGGCAGAGGGGAUCCAGCAGUCCAUUUCAGAGCUGCCAGGUCUUUCAACAGGGAGGGCCCAGAGCUCAUUGAAGCGACAUUGGAGAGUGUAGGGAUCAGUGAUGAGCUGAAGACAAAACUCAAAGAUGUUCUAAUCCAGGAACAGCAGUUCACCUUGGGAAGAAUGUUGGGCAAAGGGGAGUUUGGGUCAGUUCGAGAGGCACUACUGAAACUAGAUGAUGGCUCUUUCCAGAAAGUGGCAGUGAAGAUGCUGAAAGCGGACAUCUUUACGUCAACUGACAUUGAGGAGUUCCUGCGAGAGGCUGCAUGUAUGAAGGAGUUUGACCACCCGCAUGUCACUAAACUGAUUGGAGUCAGUCUACGGAGCCGUCCCAAGGGCCGUCUCCCAAUUCCCAUGGUGAUCCUGCCCUUCAUGAAGCAUGGAGACCUUCAUGCUUUUCUGUUGAUGUCACGGAUUGGAGAAAACCCUUUUAAUUUGCCUGUUCAGACACUCCUCAAGUUCAUGAUUGACAUUGCCAGUGGGAUGGAGUACUUGAGCUCAAAAAAUUUCAUACACAGGGACCUUGCAGCUCGGAACUGCAUGUUGGAUGAGAACAUGAAUGUGAGUGUUGCAGACUUCGGACUUUCUAAGAAAAUCUACAGUGGAGACUACUACCGUCAGGGCUGUGCUUCCAAGCUGCCAGUGAAGUGGCUUGCUCUGGAAAGUCUGGCAGAUAAUCUGUACACAACACACAGUGAUGUGUGGGCGUUUGGGGUGACCAUGUGGGAGAUUGUGACCCGAGGGCAAACCCCUUAUGCUGGCAUUGAGAAUGCAGAAAUCUACAACUACCUCAUCAGCGGGAACAGGCUGAAGCAGCCGCCGGAGUGCCUGGAAGAUGUCUACGAUCUCAUGUGCAGAUGUUGGCAUCCUGAGCCCAAGCUACGCCCCAGCUUUGCAGUGCUCCGGUAUCAGCUGGAAAUGAUUCGGGGGAGGAUGUCCACACUCUCUUCCAGUCAAGAUCCUCUCUAUGUCAACAUUGGGAAGGACAAAGAGGCGUCUGCGAGUGACCCUGCCCUGCACGCCUCCUUUGGAAACACGGACGGUGAAGAGACUGUUGCUGGGGCAGCUGCUGCUGUCACAAGUGACUAUCGCUACAUCAUGAGCCCCUUGUGCCUUGGAGAUGAUGCCGAGGGUGAAAGGCAUCCAGAUGGGCAGGAAGGGGAGGACAAAAGCCUUCUGUAUGAGCUGGAGACAGAAGGAGAGAAAAGUUGUUAGCCUGUACAUAGCAGUGACACUCUGCUUCCCUGGGACGGGAUGUGUGCAGCCGCAGUGCCGUGUCGCCUGGGGCUCUGAUGCCAGAUCUGGAAUGGCUUUGAACGGCACUGGCCAGAGCUCUUGGGCAGCUUUUGAAGCUUUCACCACCUGUCUGGGCUGCAGUGGCAGACAGCUUGGAAGGACUGCAACCCUGACAACCCCUUGGAUUUGGGGGAGGGGGGCAGUAGGGUUACAGGUUGAUCGCAUCCUGCUGAGAGGAGUUCAAAGCUAAGGUGGGCUGUCAGAGUCUAUGCUCUUCUCCUUCUCACUGACUGCUGGAGCAGAGCUGAAUACACCUUCUGUUCAGUCAAUGCUCGCUCUUGUGUAGAUGUUGUCUUCGAUCCUGGCUGCGUGACUUCGGGACUGGUACCUCUGAAAACACUAGUGGGUAUUUACGCUGUCAUUCAGGACAAGAGGGCAAAACGCCCCUUGUGUUCACUCAGCAGUACUGCCUAGACUUGUUGCCUACCUCAGUGGUUCUCAAACUGAUCUGCAGAUCUGGUUCUGCCCAGCACUGAAUUUGAACAUCUGGCUUAUUUCAUGCAGUGACACUUGCUGCUUCCUCAGUCCAGGGCUCUUUUAAGAGUUUCAGACGUUUUGGUGAGCGAUGAAAUUGGAAAAAAUGAAAAUCCAGCAUCCUUCUUCACCCCGCAUACCUCUUUUCUGUCUUUCUUUUUCUUCUGUUUGAUGCCAAUUCAGGCCUGACCAGACUUGCAGCUGGCAUUAAAAUGCAAAGGGAGGGAGAGCAGCUGGCAUGUGUGAGGACAGAAUCCGACUUCAAAGGGAUGGAAAGGAAACAGUGCAGAGAGGACUUAACAGCAGUAUGGGGAAACAGUGCUAAUUAACGCUAAGUGCUGCCCUCCAGGAGAGGAAGGAGACAGCGUAGCUACAGAAUGGCAGACUUGCUUCAGUUUCAGCGGGAGCAGGAUUCAGCAUUUGCUUUAAAAUAGGAUUCGCUUAAUCUUUCUCUUUAACAGUCCCAUGACUUUUUCAAAUAACCAAGUUCUGUAGCUGCUGUAGUGAAGGUGUGAAAUCGGUUUUGGGAAGGUGUGUGCGUUUCAAGGAAGGAAUGAACUGGGAGAUCUCUUUCUGAAGAGAGAGUCCUCAUGAUGAAAAAGCUUGAGAACCACUGGCCUUCCUAUUUAGGAGGUCUUCUGGCAUGCUGUAAAAGUCACAUCAGAACAUAGACUAGUAUCACUGCAGCCUUCCAGACAGGGCAAAAUUAAUGGUUUUGCCCUUCGGGUUUUGUUUUGUUUUCCAAUCAGCAUGUCUGACUCACUAUAACUGCAAGCGUUUGUGUGGUUUUUAAUAAUUUAAUAUUUUAUUGUAAAUCAGCAUUUGUUUUGUGCAGUGGUUCCCAGCAAGGAAGUGCAGUUACAUCUUAUGCUACUUAUCCUAAAUAUUUGCUAGAUCUUAAUUUCUUUUAUUUCCAAUGUGCUGAAAACUCGGCAGUAUCACAAGACUUUAAGAUUCCACAUUGCUCUUCCUCAGAAACUAAUUCCACAAAUGUCAUCAUUUGCUGAGUUGGCAAAGGUGGGACCAAUAAGUCAAACGAGAUUGCAGACUUGGUAUCAGAACGCUCCACCUUUGGAUGCCCAGUGUUUGCUUAUUAUAAGGUUUGGAGCUAACUACAAAAUUCGGGUCCAGUUUCAGCCCUUAAUGAGAACACUUUUGAGGGAAGGGGACUUUCAGCCUGGGGUGCGGGCAUGGGUCCUUUCUGUAAAGUUUCACACUGAACAGCGAUGUCCUACAGAUGGCUCCAGAAGUUCGGUACAGUUUCUCCGUUGCAGAUACAAAUUGCACCAUCUUAUACCCCAGGCAGUACAGAGUUUUCUCUUCAUCUAGCUGGAAUGCUGUAAAUGCAGGUGAGAAGAUAACACCUAACAAACGGUAACAAAAAUCUGUGUUGCACAUUUGCAGUGAGGGCAGAAGGCUAUGCUCCCUGCAGCUGCCUGGGAAGCGCCGAUGUACAUACAGACUCUAACUUUGGGAAGCAUGUCUUUAGUUUUUAUGCAUUUUUUAAUAAUAAAACAUGUACUGUGUCUGA